AUGGUCUGGACGUUUCCCGAUGUUGUUGAAGACGACGUGGAUGUGAAAUUAGCGGUGGCUCCAGCAAGCGAUGAGGCCGUGGAGAACAACUUUGAGACGGUGGUUCUUGAGAAGGAAGGCUAUUGUGUGAUAUGCAUGGACAAGAUCCAGGUUGGUUCGGAUGUGGAUGCGGGUCGAAUGCCGUGUUUGCACGUGUUUCAUCGUACGUGUGGUGUGGAUUGGCUUAAGAGUAGUGGGAUUUGUCCUGUGUGCCGUGCCGUGUUUCCGUCUUAA